AUGGUGAGUUUUCUUUUAAGUUAAGUUGAAUUUUCUGUGUCUUCUGGAAAAUUUUUUUAAAUUCAGGCAUUAGAAAUUAACUGGUAGAAUUUUCGUCAUGCCGCGUCCAAAGUUAAAAAAAAACGGAAAUCACGCGGAUUUUGCUGUGAUUUACUUUAACUUUGAACGCGGCAUUGUCUUUAUAUUUAUUAAUGCACCGAACUUCGGUUUUUCAGCCGAGCAAGAAGGUCAUCAAGAAGAAAGUCGCCGCUGUUCCGGCGCACAUCCGCGCUCAAGCUCAAGUCCAAAAGGAGGUGAAGAACCCACUUUUCGAGAAGAGACCGCGCAACUUCAACAUCGGUACGUUUUUUAAGUAACGACGUACAUCUCAAACGACAUGCGAUUGGCGAUCCUCUUCGGGGUUGAUUGCCUUUCUUUGUGGAGCAUCGGGGGCUUUCUGUGGAGUUGACCCUGGUCCACCUUGUCGUAUAUCAAUAGUCUGUGUGGCCCUCUGCCGCUACUUGAGAUGCCCGGGCUAAAUUGCAUAUUCCUUAUCCUUCCGUAGAUCCUAUGGACCCGUGACGGUUAGGACAAACCAUGCAAAUUACAAAAAUACGACAGUUUCAUUAAUUUGAAAUUUUAGGCCAAGACAUCCAGCCGAAGAGAGAUGUGACUCGUUUCGUCAAGUGGCCGAAGUACAUUCGUCUUCAACGCCAGGCUGCCAUUCUCCAGAAGCGUCUGAAGAUCCCGCCAACCAUCAACCAGUUCAGGACCGCUCUCGACAGCCAGUCCGGUUGGUAUAGCUAAUUUAUAAUCAGAGUCAUGUAGUAUAAGCAAGCUUCGUGCUCUGCACUGACGCAUUUACUCUGAUCGGUGAAGUAAGAUUUUAAUUCUUAUUUCAAUAGUCGGACAAAGUUCAAUUUUAUUUUUCAGCUAGGCAAGCGUUCAAGCUUCUCGACAAGUACCGUCCGGAGUCCAACGAUGCUAAGAAGCAGCGUCUUCGCGCUCGUGCUGAGGCUCGCGCCGCAGGGAAGAAGGAGGACGUCACCAAGAGACCAAACACUGUUCGCCACGGAAUUAACACCAUCACCCGUUUGGUUGAGACCCGUAGAGCUCAACUGGUUCUCAUCGCUCACGACGUCAACCCGGUCGAGAUCGUUCUCCAUCUGCCGGCUCUCUGCAGAAAGUUCAACGUCCCGUACGCCAUUAUCAAGGGAAAGGCUGCCCUCGGAACUGUUGUACGCAGAAAGACCACCGCCGCUGUUGCUCUCGUUGAUGUCAACCCGUAUGUUUCAGUUGAAGCGCCUCAAAUGUAAAUCUGUUCAUUUUUCAGAGAGGACAAGUCUGCCUUGAACAAGCUGGUGGAGACUGUCAACAACAACUUCAGUGAGCGUCACGAGGAGAUUCGCAAGCACUGGGGAGGAGGAGUUAUGUCCGCCAAGUCCGAUGCUCGCAAGAUCAAGCUUGAGCGCGCUCGUGCCCGUGAUCUCGGAAAGGCCUAA